CAUUCCGCAAGUGCGGGGGUGCAGAACUCUGCCGGGGGCUGGAGCCUGCCACCUCCCAUAAGUUGCAGUGGGCAGGGCUGAACUCCGAGACUCCAUGCGCUGCCCUGACCCCCCACCCCAACCCGUCCCUCGGAGCCCUGGCCUCCUGAAAAGGCCCCUGAACCCCUCCUUCUCCCUGAACCUCUUUCUUCCUCUGGGCCCUUCUCUUCCUCACCAGCUCCCUCCUCUUCCCUAUUCACAGAUCCUAGCUGGGAAGCCAUAGGGGAGUGCCUUUUUCAUGCCUGCCUGUUUACAUGCAUGAGUGCACUUAAUCCUCGGGAGGAAACUGAGGCUCAGAAAGGGUAGGCAGCUUGCCUGAGGACAGCUAGAGUAGGUGAGGCUGGAUUUGAACCUGGGCAGUCUGUGCCCUGUGGUGGUUGUUAAGAAUCAGUUCCUUAGUGCCCAUUUUAAUUGGAUUAUUUGGGGCUUUUUGGUGGUAACUUGAAUAUGUUCUUUAUAUAUUUUGGAUAUUAACUCCUUUUUGGAUAGAUCAUUUGCAAAUACCUUCUCCCACUAAGAGCCUGCCCACCUAGAGCUGAAAGCCCCAGGGCAGCCACUGAGGAUAGAAGGCUUCAGGGCAACCCAAGAAAGCAGCAAACUGACCCCAAGGGUACACAGAGGUCAUCCGAGCUGAGUUUUCCUAACCUAAAGGUUACUUUCAACUGGGGUUGAGAGGGGUCUGAAAAAACCCUGACCUAAUAGCCACUUGUAUGGGGUUCCUGUUAUGCACCAAGCACUGUUCAGAGACUAUGCACCAAGACUGUGUUCAGAGCUGUGGGGGAGGCCCAGAUGCCAGUACUGGGAGUUCGAGGAUGGAUGAAAUAAUCCUCACCUGCUGCCCAACCUGCUCCUCAGGAAACAGGUUGGUGUCCAAGGUCACCAGCUAGCAAGUGGUGGGGCUGGGAUUUGAAUCCAAGCAGUCAGGCUGGGAAGUUGAGGGCACGCCAUUCUCCUAGUUACUAUGAUUUUGCCACCCAGAAAUAUGAAGAGACUGACACACUUCAGUUUCGCACUUAGAUGUCAUCAUUACCCUUGGAUUCAAUCCUAUGAAAUGCUUUGGGCCCCCCACUGGAGCCCUACAGUGAGUCUGAAUCCUGGCCACACCCAUAGAGGUGUCAGAACUGAGUGGCUGUUGGCAUGUGAGAACAGAGGGGUGAGGAGCAUAAAGAAGGCCCCCCUGACCCUCAAGGCGCCCAUGAAGGACAGUGCUACCAGUCUCUGGUCAAUGCUGACUGGGCAUCCAGCUCUGUGCUCCCUCGGGGUUGAGUUUCCCCAUGUGCACAGCAAAGGCUGCACUGCCUGACCUCUUUCAAAUCGCACCCCACCCCCCUUUGGCAAUUGAAUGAAAGACACAAGCCCUGGAAAAUGCAUAGGCAUGAAAAAAUUUGCAUACACUUUCUGCGGGGUUGGGUGGGGGUGUCCGUAAACCCCAGGCGUAAGCUGUUGGAAGGCAGUGUGGGGAACUGUUUAGGUUCCUGGGCUCUGGGGACACAGAGACACAGGUUCAGAUCCUGACUGCCCCCACAUACUAGUUCUAUGACCCUGUUAUAGAACCCAGAGGGCUUUCACCUCUCUGAGCCUUAUUCUUCUUAAUCAUAAAAUGCGUAAUUAUCACCUCACCAUGCCGUUGUGAGAACCAACUGAGACCCUGCAGGAAAGGCUUUAGCCUGGCCAACACUGUAGUGAGGCAUCAGCAGAUGAGGACUUCCAAUAUUCAAGGAGCUAUUUCUCCAAGGGUGACCCUUGGACCACCUGGAUCAGAAUCCCCUGGGAGAACUCGUUAAAUGCAGAUUACUGGGCUUCUUGCCCAGAAAGCCUGAUUCUGCGGGUCUGGGAUGGAGGCAACGAGUGUACAUUUUAAACCAGUCUCUGCCUCUCAAUUCUGAUUGGAGUUAGUCUAAGAAGCACUAUGGCUUUACAACCUCUACAGUCUAGGUCCCGUAGGCUGGGAAGAACAGAAAACAGGUGCACGGGCGGGGCAAGGGACGCCUCUGGGUGCCCGUCCACUCUGGGGAUGGACAUAUCCCGGGCUACCCACCCCCUACCUUCCAAUGGGUCUUGGCGUCUCACCGUGCCUCUGCCCCCUCGGCGCCGCCAGGCUACCACAGGGAGGGGCGAAAGGAUAAGGCUUCCCGGGUGAGGGGGGCAGAAAGGAAAGCGAAACUUGUCUUUCCAGAGCUUUCACUUUCGCCGCCUCCGCGCGCCACCCAGGUGGCUUCGCGAUCCACUGUCGCGCUGGGGUCCCGCUCUCCCCGGGACCUGGUCCCUCCGGCGCACGGAGGCUCGGAUGGCCGGCGACCCCUGGCGGAAGGAGGAGGGGAAGGUCCCCGACGGCAGGCGACCGAUGGCGGGGGCCGGGGGUCCCCAGCGCCUCCGCGACUGGCUGGUGGCGCAGAUCGAGAGCGGGCGCUAUGCGGGGUUGCGCUGGGAGGACGCAGGCAAGACCCUCUUCCGCAUCCCCUGGAAACACGCGGCCCAGCAAGGCUACCAGGCGCAGCAGGACGCGGCGCUCUUCAGGGCCUGGGCCAUACACAAGGGCAGGCACCUAGAGGGCAUUGACAAGGAAGACCCCCCCACAUGGAAGACCCGGCUCCGCUGUGCCCUCAACAAGAGUGCUGACUUCUGUGAGGUGCGUGAGCGCAGCCAGCUGGACAUCUCCGACCCCUACAAGGUCUACCGGAUUGUGUCCGGCAGUGCCCAUGGCCCAGUGGCCAGGACUUGCGCCCCGCCUGGGAAGAAGAACAUCCUCCGGAGCCGGCAGGAGCCCCCUGGAGAUGUGAUGGAGCUGCUGGCCCACAGGACAGACCAGGCCAGUUGUCCUGCCAGCCCCUGCAGCCUUGCCAGCUCAGUCACCUCUGCCCUCGGUGCUCUCUGGCACUGUCGUCUGUCCUGUCCUCUUCUCCAGCUGCUGCCUCGUCACCAUCCCUGUCUCUCCUGCCAGCUCGACCUCUUCUUACCUCUGCUCUACCUCUACUACCACCCUCGGCCCCGCCGGCCCCUUCCCUUCGCCUCCAACGUCUGCGGCUCCACCGCCGGCUGCAUCCGCCCUGUUUCCUCCAAACUCACCCCUCGCCCCUGUCAUCCCUCGCGCCUCUGUCCCCACCUCUGUCACCUCUGUCCCAUGUCUAUCACCUCUGUCCUCAUCUUUAUCACUUCUGUCCCCAUCUCUAACACCUCUGUCCUCACCUCUGUCACCUCUGUCCCCUCAUCUCUGCCACCUCUGUCCCCAUGUCUGUCACCUCUGUCUCCAUGUCUAUCACCUCUGUCCCCAUCUCUAUCACUUCUGUCCCAACUCUAUCAUGUCUGUCCCCACCUCUGUCACCUCUGUCCCCUCAUCUCUGCCACCUCUGUCCCCAUGUCUAUCACUUCUGUCUCCAUCUCUGUCACCUCUGUCCCCAUCUCUAUCACCUCUGUCCUCACCUCUGUCACCUCUGUCCUCUCAUCUCUGCCACCUCUGUCCCAUGUCUAUCACCUCUGUCUCCAUCUCUGUCACCUCUGUCCCCAUCUCUAUCAUGUCUGUCCUCUAAUCUCUGCCACCUCUGUCCCCAUCUCCAUCACCUCUGUCCCCACCUCUGUCACCUCUGUCCCCUCAUCUCUGCCACCUGUCCCCAUGUCUAUCACCUCUGUCCCCAUCUCUAUCACUUCUGUCCCAACUCUAUCAUGUCUGUCCCCACCUCUGUCACCUCUGUCCCCUCAUCUCUGCCCAUCUCUGUCCCAUGUUUAUCACCUCUGUCCCCAUCUCUAUCAUGUCUGUCCUCUAAUCUCUGCCACCUCUGUGCCCAUCUCUAUCGCCUCUGUCCCCAUCUCUAUCACUUCUGUCCCCAUCUCUGCCACCUCUGUCCCCAUCUCUAUCACCUCGGUCCCCUACCUGCUCACUCUGCCCUCAUAUGUCUCUCCCUAGCACAGUGAGCUUCACCUCUGACUCCAUAACCUCCAUCGACUCUCUUUACUUCUAUGAGGGAAAGGGUCUUGAGCUCUGAAACCUCAAAGUCUCUAUCAACCCCACUGGCCUCAGUCUGCCCAGACUUCCCUCUGCCCCAGUGAGCACAGUCUGGGAACUCCGGUGACCCACAGUCUCCUCUCCCAC